CCUUGGAGAUCCCGCGGUGCUAUCCUCACAUCGCUUCCCAACCUACGGCUCCGUGACAGGAGAAGGUGGCGAUCCUCGUUAGCUGAGUACAGUUUAAGCGCUUCAAAUGAGACUGGAUUGAAACUGCUGCUGUGCCAAAAUUGACCGGUGACAAGUUUGACUGGAUUGCCGUUUUCCCAUCUACUUGUAGUGCUCUGGACUCACGCACUAUUGAAUGUUAUGAGACGCCAUGAUCCGGGCAGAGGAGGAUAAUCGUACACCCCCAGAAGACAGCAUGGACACCCAAAGGCACGCCGCUGAAAGGUGACCUCCAGACACUUCACCUCCCCAAAACGUUUGAAUAUGCCAGGACUUAACAAUGAGCUCAAACAGCACAGACCCCGGUCUCUUCCUGACUGCAAACUCUUCAACCCCAGCAGGCGGAGCCUACCCACAAUCCAAUGCUCUCCACCAAGGAGGAACUGGCAGUGGCCCCUGGUUGGUUUUUCAUGUGAAUUCUCUGGAUGAUAAUUUAACUUCCACCAGCAAACUUUUAAACCUGACUUUAGACUCACAAAAUGGGAACAGAACUGUGGCCCCUGAUUCCCUGGGCGGUGGACAUGUUUGGCAGGUUGUUCUUAUUGUCUUGCUUACGGGCAUGUUGUCACUGGUUACCAUCAUCGGAAAUAUCCUGGUAGUGGUUUCCUUCAAAGUUAAUCGCCAGCUAAAGACAGUCAAUAACUACUUCCUGCUGAGUUUAGCUGUGGCUGACCUCAUCAUUGGGGUCAUCUCCAUGAACCUCUACACAGCAUAUCUUGUCAUGGGUUACUGGGCCAUGGGCAACUGGGCCUGUGACCUGUGGCUAGCCAUAGACUAUGUGGCCAGUAAUGCAUCAGUUAUGAACUUAUUGGUCAUCAGCUUUGAUCGCUACUUUUCGAUCACAAGGCCUUUGACUUACCGUGCCAAGCGAACCACGAAGAGAGCUGGGAUCAUGAUAGGCCUAGCCUGGUUUGUUUCUCUUAUUCUGUGGGCGCCAGCCAUCCUACUUUGGCAGUAUUUUGAGGGUGAAAGGACAGUACCCCCAAAUCAAUGCUACAUCCAGUUCCUCACCGAGCCCACUAUCACCUUCUGCACAGCAAUUGCAGCUUUCUACUUGCCUGUGACAAUAAUGAGUGUUCUCUACUGGCGCAUUUACAAGGAGACCCAGAACCGUUCAAAAGAGUUAGCUGGGUUGCAAGGUUCAGGGGUCCGUGGUGGGAUAGUAGGCAGAAGUGGGAAUGGUGGGGGAGGCAAAGCCCGUUUUGUCCACCAGACAGGAAGCUCUAGAAGUUGUAGCAGCUACGAACUGACCAGGUUGUCCAGGAGAAGGAGCACAUGUCGGGACCUGGUUGGCCGCUUCCACUGCUGGCCUGGCGUACGUUCUUGGAGACCAGGCAGUAUCCGGCAGGGCGAGCGUGAUCCAGACCAGAGCAGCAGCGACAGCUGGAACAACAUUGAUGCAGCAGUGUCAUUGGACCAAUCUGGGUCUUCAGAAGAUGAGGACUGUGGGGGCAGAGAGAUGAUUUCACAGAGUCAUGCUAUUUUCUCUAUUGUUCUCAGCCUACCUGGUAUAAAAGCUGCUGUAAAUUCUCAACUUACAUCAUGUGAAGAUCUGGAUGCAGCCUCAGAGGAGGAUCCUCUCAGGGGAGCAGAGUAUAACCGGGACAGCAUCUCAACUCUCACCACCAACACCACUGCUGAAACUCCCGAUAGUGAGGGAACAAACAGUUUAGAAAAUAACUAUCACCAACGCUUCUGCUCACGCAAGAUUCAGUCAAUGCCUACCAUCCAGUCUAACUCUAACAAAGGCUCUCUGGAUGGUCCCCAAACAACUACUACCAAUACCACUGACAGUACUACCACCAGCACCGCUACUAAAUCUCCCUCUGUCCCAAUGUCUUUCAAAGAGGCAGCUCUGGCAAAGCGCUUUGCUGCCCGGGCUCGAACACAGAUCACAAAGAGGAAGCGUAUGUCCUUAGUGAAGGAGAAGAAGGCUGCUCAAACUCUCAGUGCCAUCCUCUUUGCUUUCAUCAUCACAUGGACACCUUACAACAUCAUGGUGUUGAUCAAUGCCUUCUGCAAAGAGUGUAUACCAGAAACCCUCUGGGAAGUAGGGUACUGGUUGUGCUACGUCAACAGCACAGUUAACCCAAUGUGCUAUGCUUUGUGCAACAAGACUUUCCGUACAACUUUUAAGAUGAUACUGAUGUGUCGCUGGGAUCAGAAAAAAAGGAGGAAGCUGCAGUUCCAGCAGAGGCAGUCAGUGGUCUUCCAUAAAAGGAUCCCCAGGGAGUCCACGUAAAGGACUUAAAGUCUGGACUGUUGCUAACACAAGAUCUAAAGAUUAAACAUAGGACAAGGAAAAGGAGGGACAACCUUAUUGAUGUUUAUGUGGAGUUUCUUUGCUUAGAAAUUCUUGAUGUAUUUCUAUACUGGUAUGUCAAGCAGAGGAAUCCUUUGUGGUGGUCUUGAGGUAUGUGUUUGUGCAUUUAGCAAAGCUGUGUGUGUGCGUAAAAGGUUGUAUUAGGUGGGGUCCAGAGAUGAAAACUGUCCCUCUGUCCUUGAAGAAGUGUUUACCAUUACAUGCAGGUACAGCUAGGAGAAAAUGAACUGAGUGGUAAAUGAUAGAAAAGGGCUUUGCAGGGGAACUAUUGAAGUGCAAUUGACAAAAGAGUAGAGGAUAUCUUUGUCAGGGGAUGGGGGAUUCACAUUUCUUAUCAUUUCUCUCUGUGGGUAGCUAGAUCUGUAAUGUGCAGAGUGGUUUUGCAUUUCAAACAAAACAGUGUAUCUGUAAAACGUUACUGAAAUCCAAGACAGAAAAUUAUUUUUUUCCUAGGCUUCUUCAUUGUACUGAUUUGACAUGCCAUCCUCUUGACUGGCAUUUGUUUUUAUCAGAACUUCUGUAAAUUGCCUUUUUACGUGGAUAUAGCUUUCCUGUGUCUGAUUGAAUAUGAAAAAAAAGUUCUUAAAUUGUGUCCUUACUUCCAGUCAACAGAGAUCUGUUAUUUUUGUGAUAUUCAUCUUUGGUUUUCUAGAUAUUCCUGAGAUUUUGAGCCAGUCUGAAAAUGAAUCUUCUGAUGAUCUGAGUUGUGAAUAUUUUUGUGGCACCACGGUUAGUGAACUGCUGUUGUGUUCAAUGUAAUUCUUGUGGUUUUUAUGGUGGAGACAAAAAGUACAUUGGUUGUGUUUUUAUGUACUUGCAAUUCUCUGUCACAAGUUAUGAUUAUACGAUGAUGAUAUUCUCUUUGUGUACAUUUGGAUAUUUCUGACUUGAUACACAAUGAUUUAUUGCACACAUAAAUAUGUCCAUUUAUAAAGAUGUGUGUUUUGAUUUUACAAUACCUUUUCCAUUUCUAAAAAAUGAUACUGUACAUCUGUGGAGCUCUUUGUAAAAGGACACCAUCUUUGGUAGAGCAAUGGCAGCCUCUAGUGGCUUUAGAAAGACCUGUUGUCAGGGCUAUAUUGAUGUAAGUCCAACUUUUGCAUUGAAGUAUCACUAUCCAAUUUUGCCAAAAUGAAGUCAAAAAAGCAAUUAAAGAAACAAUAUUUUAAAA